UUGACCUUUUCUGUUCCUAUAGGCUUUUCUAGCCAGCCGGAUGAUGACCAAGUGAAUGUGAUGGGCUUCUGCUUCUUGGGAGGCUCCCGAGUUACUCUUUUGGCUUCCAAAACCUCUCAACGAUACCGCAUUCAGAGUGAACAAUUUGAAGAUCUUUGGCUCAUAACAAAUGAGCUUAUUCUCCGUCUUCAGGAAUAUUUUGAAAAACAGGGAAUCAAAGAUUUUGCAUGUUCUUUUUCUGGAUCCAUGCCCCUGCAGGAAUACUUUGAGUUGAUUGAUCACCAUUUUGAGCUGCGGGUAAAUGGUCAAAAAUUAGAAGAACUGUUGUCUGAAAGAGCUGUACAGUUCCGAGCCAUUCAACGCCGACUCUUAACAAGAUUCAAAGAUAAAACACCUGCCCCCCUCCAACAUCUGGACACCUUGCUGGAUGGCACUUACAAGCAGGUGAUUGCUCUGGCAGAAGCAGUGGAGGAAAACCAAGCCAAUGUGUUCCAGGCAUUUGCCAGACUGAAAAGUGCCACCCACUUGAUGAUUCUGCUGAUUGGGCUGUGGCAGAAGCUCAGUGCUGACCAGGUCGCUAUCCUGGAAGCAGCAUUUCUGCCACUACAGGAUGACCCACAAGAGUUGGGCUGGGAGGAGACCGUGGAUGCUGCCGUGUCCCACCUAUUGAAGACCUGCCUAUCCAAGAGUUCCAAGGAGCAGGCUUUGAACCUCAACAGCCACCUGGAUGUCCCCAAAGACACAAGCCGGCUGAAGAAACACAUCACCCUGCUGUGUGACAGACUGGCCAAAGGUGGCCGUCUCUGCCUCAGUGCUGACGCAGCCACCCCACAGACUAUUGUCAUGCCAGGUGGCUGUACUCCGAUCCCAGAGUCAGACCUGGAAGAGAAAUCAACAGAGCAAGACUCCACAGAGCCAUUUGCCAGCCACAAACCUCUCGUCAAUGAGCUGCCUGCAUCUGAAGAUUCCACCCUCCAAGGACUUGUGGAAUAGUUGGUAGAGCUGUCUGGUUGUGGAGAAGCUGCCUUCCCCAGGCUGAGCCUCAUGGACCCCAUGCAGCAAGUGUGGGUUGGUUGUGCUAUGCAGGGUGCACCCUGGAGACAGUGCUCUGUGGAAGUGGGGCCCAGCUCUCCCUCUGCUGCGGACAUGGAGCAGCAUGGCGGGCAGGUCAGCUGAGAGCCAAGGUUGUCUCUGCUUGCUGGGAGGUGUGUUACUGCUCUGGGCCAUCUGUGUACCCAGUCACAGGAUAUAGCAAGAUGACAAUUUGGGGACAGACUGUGAUACAAAGAUCUAGAUCCAAAAUACUGUGACAUCCUAUUUUUUCACAGGAUUCUUAUAUAGUACAUGUAACAAUUUUAAUAAAGCAAUUAAAUACCUAGUAAUUAUUAAACAAUUUUAAUAAUGCAUCUCACUGUCAAUCUUAUAGUUCACUGAUCAUGUAAGGUUCUAUAAGUAAUUUUUCCACUUUGUUUUUCAAAUGGAAUUGAAAAGUUUGUUACUCUUAAAGAAGUGAACGUUGCACUCUCUGUGCAGACCAGUGUGACCUCUAACGUAGCUCCUCCUGCGUCAGCUUCCCGGGUGCAUGGCUUACAGGCUUGUGCCACCACACCCAGUUUAAGUAAAAUAACUCCUAUGGAACUUUCAUUUGCUUUACUGUAUUGGACUAAAAAUAAAAACUGUUAUGUUUUCUAAUAUUAGAUGA